AGUUAAUCCAUGAAGCCAUGCUUUUAAUUAGACAUAUGCAAUUUCAUACAUCAAAAAACAAUUAUGAUCAAAAUUUGUGUUCGAGCAAUUGUUGGGGUCAUGAUAUUUUUUGGAUACUUCCUCGUAUAUAUUGUUCGUUAUAACCUAAGUGUUCAUAUAGUUGAUAUGGUGGAACUAUCGAGGCAAUUUAUUAUAUAUAAUGACACUGAUAUUUUGAGGACUAAAGCGAUAUUAGUCAGGUCCCAGUAUGGUAUGGACUUACUUAAUUGGAAUGAAAAUAAAAUUGCCCUAUUAUUAGCAGCAUAUCACAUCGGAUAUUGUAUUUGUUUUCCAAUAUUCCACACUAUUGGUGAUAGUUUUGGACCUACGUGGGUUGUGGGAGUCGCUGGGAUAUCCUCGGGAGUGCUUAAUUGUUUGGUGCCGUCAGCUGCAUGCUUUAGCUUCUGGCUGUUCUUCAUCUUGCGUAUUUUAAAUGGAUUUUGUGCGGGUGCGAUGUUACCCAGUAUGAUUCAAGUUUUAAGGCACUGGGUCCCGCCAGUUGAGCGUCAUUACUUUAUCUGGGCUUAUUGUGGUAUAACAACGGGGACGUGUUCCACAUUCCUUAUUUGCGCGGCGGUUCAAUAUUAUUACAAAUGGUCAGUUGGUUUCUAUGUUUGUGGUGCGAUGCAAAUAUUAUGGGCAUCCGUUUGGCUCCUGGUUGUCAACGAUUCACCCGACAGACAUUCUUUUAUAUCAAAGGAGGAACAGAGCUAUUUGCGGGACACCAUCGGAUCUGUUUUCACAAUACAUCUGACAAAUUCUCAAGCACCCUGGCAGAUAAUAUUAAGAUCUAUACCAUUUUGGACUGUUUGCAUCCUUAAUUUUGGAUACGCAUGGAUAAUUAUUUCAUUAUGUCUUCAUGGGCCAAUUUAUUAUACGCUUAUAUUAGGUUAUAGUAUCUACGAGGCAUCCGCGCUGACAGCUCUACCAUUUCUUUUAAGAUUGAUUUUGGGCACAAUAUCAAUUCAAAGUUACUUCUGGUAUAAACAAAACACAAAUAUCAAAAGAAUAAAGCAUAUAAAGAAGUAUUUUAUAGUUGUUUCUCACGUAAUCCCAGGUGUUUUGAUAUCAAGUGCAUGGUUGGUACCAAUAAACCCUGGGCCUGUUCUUCUGACCAUCGCUGUAGCAUUGACAGCUGCUGGAAUGGAUCUUACAUUAGACAUUUGUUACCUGUCGCCAACCUAUGUAAAUUCGAUAAAUACAGUUAUUAAAAUUAUCGGAAAUUUUCCAGGGAUAAUUAUACCGUUUUGUGUGGGAGAAGUGACGCAUAGGUUUAAAAAUACAAUAACAGUGUGGAGGUAUGUGUGGUCUUUCCAUGGGUCAAUGCUUCUAAUUUGUGGCUGCAUAUUUCUAUUAUGGGGUGACACUAAAACACAAUUAUGGAAUAAUAUACGUCACAGGCCUCAUCGCAAAACACGGUUAAUAAUACCUCCCCGUAUGUCAAAUAUAUCCGAAGUUGAUGAAGAUGUAAAUUCGAUUCGUACAUCUACACCCAAACGAUCCAUUUUACAACUAGUGUCUUCGAAAUAAAUCUACACCGGACCUUUAUUUCGAUAAAUAAAAUCUAUGAAACGUACAUAAUAAAUAACUACGCCAUUAACAAAGCAUUUUAAAUUUCGUAGUAAUAAUGUAAGCGGUUGUUGUAUUAUUUAUUUGUCACCUACCAUUAUAUGAAUGCUUCAUAUGUUAAAUUUUAUCAGUAAAUUGUACGAAUAUAAAAGCACUACGCAUUGAGAUACAAGAAACGAAGAAGAAACGUCGAGAACUGAGAAGCCGAUGCUUGACUUUUUUGUCAAAAAAAAUUGCUGAUUAUCGGCGGUAUGGCGGCCAUUUGGGACUGUCUGAAAAGUAUGGCAUAGGUAUUUUGAUAAAUAGCUGCAU